UAAGUUGUAAUUUUUUUCAAAUUCAUAGCCACAUUUUUCGAUGACUAACAGCCAAAAACAUUUUCUAAUGACUUCACAAAAGUGAAAUAAAUUUUUUCCUAGCUCUAAAUCGUGACAAUAUCACAGUCGUCAUCUCAUUACCAAAUGACCACGAACAAGAAUCGAAAUAAAAUAAAAAAUAAUGUGAAAUGACAAAUGGAUGUUAUUGACGAGGAUGAUGAUCUCUCACACUGUUGCUGAUGUCUGACACAAUUGCAUGUGUGUAUGUGACAUUGAUUGAUUUUAAAUUCGAAUUUAAGCAACAAUUAAAAAUCGAUUGCUCAAUAUUAAAUUUGAAUAAUUAAUUCAAUCGAAAAAAUUUAGUUGAUGAUUGGACAUAGGACGAUUAAUAUCGGAUUAAAAAGUGAUUAAUUUAAUUAAAGUGAAAUAAUUUAUUUUUUGUGAAUUUUGAUUAAAUUAUGACAACACAAAUCCCAGAAGCUGUGAUCAGGCAAUUACCUGAAAAACGACAACUCCAUGGAGGUUUCGAUAUUGAGUAUAAGCUGAAAUAUUCAGGCACAGUACAAACUGACAAACGUACCAUGAGUUUUGUCGAUAAUUUGUGGGGUAUUGAAGUGACAGGAGGUGCUGAUCAAUUUGAACCGUUGACAAUCAUUGCUGUACGUCGUGUGGGUCUUGCGAGACGAGCAGGCAUACGUGUGGGUGAUUAUAUCGUAAAAAUUAAUGACACACCCGCUGAAGGUUUAACUCUAUUGGAUGCACAAUUGGAAAUUCAAGAGUCAGGAAGGCAUUUGAAGCUUUUCGUUAAAGGCGAUGAAGACAAUGACAGUGAAGACGAAAAUGUUUGUGAUUUUUAUUUUAAGCCACUCUCUUCACGGGAUUUAGAUUUGUUGGAAUGGGAGCGACGUCGAAAGAAGAAGCGUGAAUUGAACAUGUUGUUGUACCAAGGCUUUCCAUGGAACGAUCGAAGACGUCCAAUUUACAAAGAAUCAAACUGCUAUCUAGUCCCAAGCAUAGUCCUCGUCAAGCGUGAGAGAGAAAUUUGUAUGAAAGCAACAAAAGAAGAAUAUAUGAAGAAUUUGCACGAAUUGGCAGCACAAAAAGAAGAGCAGGAGCGUUUAAAGAAGAUGGAAGAAGAAGAAUCAUCAGAGGAAUUUGAGGCACUCGCGAGAGAAUCAACACAGCAGCACGAAGAAAGUUUACAAGAGGAAUUUAGCGAAAUAAUUAAGACAACAUCAAGCGCUGAAUAAAAUGAAUUGAAAUAUUUUUUUUUUGUUAUUUCUGAGUCAGAAUUUACACCUCAACGGAAUGUUAAAAUCUAAUGAAAUAAUUUUUGUUGUAAUUUUAUGGAAAAUUAACUUUAAAAAUUAUUAUUUUUAAUGAGAAUGAAGAAUUUAGAGAAAAAAGUGAUGAAGAAGAAAAGUAAUUUUAAUUUACUAAUUUACAAACUCAAAUAGCUUUAAGAUUUAAUCUUACUUAAAAUACUUUUAAGAGUAUUUUGUCCCAGG